CCCUGUUUCGAGGGGAGCAAGAGCCCCGCGCGAGUUCCCUGCGUCUCCUGAAUCGCUCGAAGUCCGCUCCCGGCCCAGGGUCACGGGAAUUUGGGGGACGUGGGCUAGGUGGGGCUGUGAGCAAAGCGGUCCCGGUAGGCACAGACCCCGGGACCCUCACGCAGGUCGGACUCCCACACUCCCUCGUCCUGCCCCCCGGGAAGGACUCCUGACCCGAGACGCAGGGUACCUACAAUAGGGGUUCUGGGUCGAUCGGCUGCGCCGUGGGAACCCAGCCUGCCCCUCCAGGUCUUGGGGGGAAGGGGAGGGACGGCCGAAUCCAGCGCUUGGAUUCAGAGCGCUUGGAGAUCGGAAAGAAGCCUGGUUUGCGCGGGACAAGCCCCGCCCGACUCCGAGGAAUGACUCUCCGCUUCCUUCCUCCCGGUGUCCCUGCAGCCCCGGACCUGGACCUCAGAGGAGGCCAACCCGACUGCCAGAGAGGAACACAGAGGCCUUGUUAUAAAGUCUUUUACUUCCAUGGUGCUUCUCAGAGACUGAACUUCGAGGAAGCGAGAGCAGCCUGCGGGAGGGAUGGGGGCCAGCUAGUCAGCAUCGAGUCUGAUGAUGAACAGAGACUGAUAGAAAAGUUCAUUGAAAAGCUCCGGGCGUCGGAUGGUGAUUUCUGGAUUGGGCUGCGGAGGCAUGAGGAGAAGCAAAGCAACAGCAUCGCCUGCCGGGACCUUUACACCUGGGUGGAUGGUAGCCUCUCAACGUUCAGGAACUGGUAUGUGGAUGAGCCUUCCUGUGGCAGCGAGUUCUGCGUGGUCAUGUACCAUCAGCCAUCAGCACCCACCGGCAUCGGCGGCCCCUAUAAGUUCCGGUGGAAUGACGACCAGUGCAGCGUGAAGAACAAUUACAUUUGCAAAUACUCCCAUGGUGAAAGAACAGAGCCAACCAUACCCAUACUUCCAGAAGACACAGAGAGAGAAGAUGACAAAGAAACACUUAAAGAAAACAAAGAAGCCGCCUGGAACCUUGCCUACAUCCUGGCCCCCAGCAUCCCCCUUGCCCUCCUCCUGCUGGUCACCACAGUUCUGUGUUGGAUUUGGAUCUGGAGGAUGAGGAAACGGGAGCAGCUGGGCCCCGGCACGAAGGAGCAGUACCGCGUCUGGCCCCCUCCUCACCCAGGGGACAGCCCUGACCUCGAGGUUUACAGUGUCAUCCGAAAACAAAGCCAGGCCGACUUAGCCGAGCCCCGGCCAGACCUGAAGAACAUCUCGUUCCGAGGGUGUUCGGGGGAUGCCACUCCCGACGACGUGUCUCGUGCCUGUGAUGACAUGGCUGUGAACCCAUCUGAGAGCCGGUUUGUCACUCUGGCGAGCAUGGAGAGUGGCUUUGUGACCAAUGACAUUUACGAGCUGUCUCCGGACCGAGUGGUGAGAAGCAAAGAGUGCGGAUGGGUGGAAAACGAAAUAUAUGGUUAUUAGGGCGCAGGAGAAACACUUAGACCGACAAGGACCGGAAAGGACAGAGGCUUGGGGCCGCCCCAUUCACUCCAAGGAAGCCACGCAGAAGGCCUGUGAAAGCGCCCAGACCAGGCCUGGGGGUGAGCACGUGUCCCCGCCACCCCCACUGAGCCCCCAAGGUGUGGCUCUGUCCCUCCUCCAGCCUCCCACCCAGCUCUGUCCUGUGAG